AUGCCUAUCCAAGCCGCCCCCGGAACCGUGGGCAACCUUACCCCAGAGCAGGAAGUCAAACUUCAGGAGUUCUGGGUCCUGUUGCUGAAGGUAUGCGGCGUCAACGUCGAAGGAAUUGAAUCAAAUGGCGAUGUCGCCACGCCCCCAAGCCCGUCGUCCCAGAAGAAAGCGGCACCAAAGCGGAGGUUCACCUUCUUUGGUGGGAAGAGCAAUGAUGAGGAGGAGGACACCACAGCGAAUGGUGUUACAACUAGCAUUGCUUCCAUCAACAUUACCGAUGGAGAUGACAAGUAUGGACAGUCUAAGGAAUUCCAGCAAGCAAUUACCGACAUGAAGCCCGAGGAGAUUCGGGUUACACUGUGGAACAUGGUUAAGCAAGAUAACCCCGACUCCUUGCUCCUGCGUUUCCUUCGGGCGCGCAAGUGGGAUAUCAAGAAAGCACUCAUCAUGUUGGUCUCCACAAUCAGAUGGAGAUUGCAGGAUGUGAAAGUCGACGAUGAUAUCGUUAAGAAUGGCGAACUGGCUGCUCUAGAGCAAUCGAAGAGCUCGGACCCUGAAGAGAAGAGGAAGGGCGAAGAGUUCCUGAAGCAGAUGCGCAUGGGCAAGGGUUACAUUCACGGUGUUGACAAAGAUGGACGGCCUAUUUGCGUUAUCAGAGUGCGCUUGCACAAGCCGGCCGAUCAGAGCACGGAUACUUUGGAUCGGUUUACCGUGUAUACCAUUGAAUCCGCCCGGAUGAUGCUCUCGCCCCCAGUUGAAACAGCUGUAAGUUUCCUAUCACUGCAUGAGCGAAUAUUUAAACACCUAACAUGA